AUGAUGAUGAUGAUGUUACUCCGCAGCCGCACUCUCCUAAAGUCUUCCUCGUUCUUAAAUCGUCAAAUCUCCUCCACGUCUGCCGCCGCCGCCGCGACUUGGAAUGAAUAUGAGGAUGAGAAGAAUCUAUACACGACGGUGAGAUCCUUGAUCCGUAGCUCAGAACUAAACAAAGCUGUGGAGUACGCACGCUCGCCUGUUGCUAAUAAAAGUCGCAGGGCCACUAAAGUUGCUAUAGCUGAGCUUUUGGUCCCAGCCUUGUAUGAUGCCAAACGUUACAAAGACGCCUUAAGCCUCUUUUAUCUCCGUGAUGGACAAUAUUAUAGCCUUUAUUGCCGCACUCUGAUCCGCAAAGCUUUUGAGAAAAAGAGACUCAGUUCCGAUGCGAAACAGGAAGUGGAAGCAAAACUAAACAAGUGUCUUGUCUCAAACCCUCCUCCUUACCCCAUCAUCCUCGGAGGAGGAGGAGAUGUCAUCAUCGAGCCGCCCAAGAAUCAAUAUUACGAUGAGAAGCAUCUAUACUCGACGGUUAGAUUCUUGAUCCAGAAUCUCUCUGAUCUCGACACCGCCAUGGAGUACGCACGCUUCACAGCUUUCACCACUACUCGGACUGCAACCACAACCGCUACUUGUGACCUUAUCAUCGCAGCCUUGUGCGAGGCCAAGCGUUACACAGACGCAUACCAUCUCUUCCAUUACUUUUUCAACCAAUCCAACAUCAGUCUCAGCGUCGAUUGUUGCAACCACAUCGUCAAAGCUCUCUGCGACGAUGGUCAUGUCCACGUUGCUCUUCAACUCCAUCACCACAUCCGCGGCAAUCAUGCUCUUCUUGAUUACCAAACGUACCGUAUCUUGACCAAAGCUUUGUACCUUUCAGGGUACAUGGAUGAAGUACUGGAUCUGGUUAAAGAUAUCUUCUCUUUGGAUAAUCCAUACAAGUACGACGUUGUAUUCUUGGAUGAGAAAGAUUUUGACAAAGCCUGGGCACUUUGUUGUGAGGAGCUUAUAAGUAGUGGUAAAGAUGGCAACAACAACAACAAGGUUGGUUAUCCAACUGAUCAUGCACCUUGCACCAACGCCAUCACUAGGUGUUGCGAAGAUGUGAAUACUUUGUCACACGCAAAGUUGAUCUUGGACGUAAUGUUGAACCAUGAUCCAUCGGCUUACAAAAUAUCUUCAUUCCAAGAAAUGAUCAGUGCCAAUCUAAAGGCUGGGAGACUCGAUGAUGCUUUGGAAACUGCUAACAUGAUGGUCGAUGCAAAUCUAAGACUUGUCUCUAUCUUAAUGAAGAGCUGA